AUGCUCUCUGAGCCGGUUCCUGCCAACGACUAUGAAGAACAAGAAGAUGACGUGGCUUCCACCCGGCAGGCCAGAGGGUGGCAGUACACUCCUACUGUUCCGAUUCGGAUCGAAAUACAAAUGUUUAAAGAAGUCAGCGGUGUGACGGCUCCCAUUCUGGAAAAGCUCGUGCAAUUCUACCACGCCGUAGCGGCCAGCCUGUCCCGGGCGGACCAGCGCGAAUACCUCGCCAUGCUCCGUGGUCUCGAGUGGCGCAUCACGCAGAGGCGCGCGCCGUCGGCGCACACUGUGUUGCGGCACAUGCGCGAGCAAAACUCGGGCGCCGCCGCCGAGACCGUCUUCUUUACCGAUCACAUGUCCCUCCCAACCCUCGCCAUCCUCAUGGCGACGUACCCAAACGGCCUCGGCCUGCUCGCCAAGCUGGGCGUAUUUGCGGCGUUUGCCCAAUACGGAAUCGGGUACACGACGUGCCGCGAGGGGUAUGUCGAGUACCACUCAACGGAGCUCGAGGCGUGGGAGCCGCCGAGCAUACAGGAGUUGGCGACCAUGGCGGAUGUCAAGGUUCGGCUUCGUCCGUGCAAGGAGACACCGCGAAAGAAGCGCCGGCGGCACUCGCGGGGCGGCACGACGGCGGAUCAUGUUCCAACGGAGGAAACGCGGGGCGACGACGCCAUAAACUCGGACAACCAAAAACCGAUGGGUGCAAGUAUCCCGCAGAUGGUCGCGGGAGACGACGUCGACGUUGUGGCACGCAAUGGUGCUCAGUGUCGGCAAUGUCAACAGCAGCGCGCCGCUCUCGCGCAGUGCCAGGAUGCGCUCCGAAACGCGCUGGGGAGCCAGCAUUCUCUGGAGGAAACCGUGGCCGCCAUGUCGGAGCGCAUCACUCAGCUGGAGCAGGACAAGGCGUGUGCGUUUGCCGAGGCUGCGCUCGACGCCGCAGAGAAGGAAUCUGAGAGGGCAGCCAAGCUCCGUGACGAGGCGCGGAGGCGCGCGAUGCUGGCGGAGUGGCGCAACAACCAGGAUGAAGGCAUCAUACCCUUUUAUACCCUAGAGGAGGAAUGA